CGUGCAGCCCCGUCAACGGUGGUUUCAACAGUUUUUACUAUAAGCUCAUUAAAAGUCCUUUCACAACUUAUAAGGCAGCUAACGAGGGGUUGAUUCACGGUUAAUACGCCGUCGAAAAUGACAUGGGGUCGUGUCCCACUUCUACUAGGAGCUGGUUAAACAGAUAGUGUUGUGGAUCUGCAGAGCGGACUCCCUUCACCCAGUCCCCGAGACCCCCUGCUCAGCCCUGAGUCACACAUGGAUGUUCAGGGAUAUAAGUGGGUGCGAUGGCGUGUCUGGCUAUGUCGUCUGGCUGCCCUGCUGUCCUUGGGUCUCAUCCUGAUUGUGUUUCACUGGCGCCCGCGGCUUGGUGUGCUCAUCCGCUGUUGCUCAUGCCCUCUGGCUUUUGCGGAUGUUCUGCUAUUAAAAGACAGUUUUGGCCAGCAGCAUGUGGUGGAGGUCCUCACAGAGGAAAUGGAGGAGGGCAGUUUGGACUUGAUGGGAGACCUGGAGGACAGCGAGUGGAAAGAUACCGUCCAGCUCUGCAAGGAGGAGAAAACUCUGCUGCGCUACUAUCUGUUCGAAGGACUGCGCUACAUCUGGCUGGACAGAAAAGGAGCUUUCUGUCGUGUUAGUGUCCUCAAUGAGGACUGGACCUGCAAGGACCUGUAUGGUUUCCAAAAUGGCCUUAGUCCACUGGAGCAGAGCUUCAGGAGACGAAUGUAUGGGCCAAACCUUAUUGAUGUGCCUGUGAAGCCUUACACAAAACUGCUGUUUGAGGAGGUCCUCAACCCAUUCUAUGUGUUCCAAUUGUUCAGCAUUACCCUGUGGAUAGUCGAUCACUAUUAUAUUUAUGCCAUAUGUAUAUUUCUCCUCUCCAUUUUGUCCAUCAGUAUUUCUCUUUAUGAGAUUCGUAGGCAAAGCAUCACUCUUCGUAACAUGGCCCGGAUGAUCACAAAUGUCACAGUAAGAAGAAAGUCAGGAGAUGAGGAGUGCGUGAGCUCAGUGAAGCUGGUCCCUGGUGACUGUGUCAUCAUCCCUCAGGAAGGUCUCAUUCUGCCUUGUGAUGCUGCCCUGCUGGUUGGGGAGUGUCUGGUCAAUGAGAGCAUGCUAACAGGUGAAAGUGUCCCAGUUCUGAAAACCCCGCUGCCGGCUGGUGACGGCAGGUACAGCUCAGACUCAGAGCGCAGACACACCCUCUUCUGUGGUACCCACCUAAUCCAGGCCAAAGGAGGAGGACCAGGAGGCAGGGGUGCUGUCGCUGUGGUCACAAGCACAGGGUUUUUCACAGCCAAAGGGAACCUAGUCAGCUCCAUUUUAUAUCCACAGCCAACAAACUUCCGCUUCUACCAAGAUUCUGUCAAGUUCCUGCUUAUCCUGGGUUUUGUUGCUUUAUUUGGCACCAUUUACAGCUUUGUGGUCCUCUUUAGAUCCCAUGCAAGCUGGCUGGAGCUGGUGAUCAGAAGCUUAGACAUCGUGACCAUUGCAGUGCCUCCUGCGCUGCCUGCUGCCAUCACUGCAGGCACCAUUUACUCCCAGCACAGGCUGAAGAGACAGGGCGUCUUCUGCAUCAGUCCACCACGCAUCAAUGUCUGUGGCAAGGUCUCAGUCUUCUGCUUUGACAAGACAGGAACUCUCACAGAGGAGGGCCUGGAUGUGUGGGGGGUGAUAGAGGCGGGACCUGCGGGUUUCUCAGAGCUGGUUCCAGAGCCAAGCCUCCUGCCACCAGGGAACAUGCUCUCAGGUCUGGCCAGCUGUCACACAGUGACACUGCUUCAAGGUCAGCGCCUCGGUGACCCCCUGGAGCUGAAAAUGAUCGAGUCCACUGGUUGGAAACUCGAGGAGCCAGAGGGAGAUGGAAAUGUGCUGGAUGCAGAAUUUGGAGGCCAAAAUGUUUUGGCUGUUAUGAGACCGUCAAUUCAGCAGCACCAGGGAACUUCCACCAGCGAACCUGUGGCCAUUGUUCAGAGGUUUCCCUUCUCCUCGGCUCUGCAGAGGAUGAGUACAGUAACAGUGGCCCCCGGUGGACGCUGUCCUCUAGCUUUUGUUAAAGGCUCUCCUGAGAUGGUGGCGAGUCUGUGCAAACCAGAAACUGUGCCAGCCAAGUUCUCCAGCAAACUGCACAACUUCUCCAGUGAAGGCCUCAGGGUGCUUGCCCUCGCUUACAAACCACUAGACAUGAGCACUGACUUAAAGACUAUAGAAAGAGAGGAGGUAGAGAAGGAUUUGCAUUUUCUGGGCUUUUUGAUCAUGAAGAACCAGUUGAAACCAGAGAGUCCCAGAGUUAUUAACAUCCUGAGACUGGCAAACAUUCGGAGCAUCAUGGUCACUGGGGAUAACAUUCUAACAGCAGUCAAUGUAGCAAAAUGCUGUGGGAUGGUGGGAUCUGACGAGAAGGUCAUAUUCGUCAAUGUCAUCCCCCACACACACCAGUCCAUGCCGAUGCUGAAGUUCAACAUGGAAAAUGGAGGGACUGCCAACCAAAACUCUGUAGAAGUAAUCACACAGGGCCUUUACCAGAGCGGCUUUGGCUACCACUUAGCCAUCUCUGGCAAGUCCUUUGCUGCUCUCUGUGAAUACUUCCCUGAAUAUCUGCCAAAGGUUUUGUUGCAAACUACAGUUUUUGCACGCAUGACUCCUGACCAGAAAACCCAGCUGGUGAAAGAGCUGCAGAAACUGAACUAUCGUGUUGGCAUGUGUGGGGACGGAGCCAACGACUGUGGGGCGCUGAGAGCUGCUGACGUUGGGGUUUCCCUGUCUGAGGCUGAGGCUUCUGUUGCUUCCCCUUUCACUUCCAAGACUAAUAACAUCAGCUGUGUGCCACUGCUUAUCAGAGAGGGCCGGUGUUCCCUGGUGACCUCCUUCAGUCUCUUCAGGUACAUGGCCUUGUACAGCGUCGUUCAGUUCUGCUCCGUUCUCAUCCUCUACACGGUGAAGACCAGCAUGUCUGACCUGCAGUUCAUGUUCGUGGAUGUCUUUCUGGUGACCCUGUUGGCCCUUGUCAUGGGUAAAGGAGGCCCCAGCAGAGAGCUGCACCCACGCAGACCCCCAGCCAGUCUGCUGGGUCUGCCUGUCCUGGGCAGCCUUUUUAUCCACAGUUGUAUGAGCGUCCUGGGCCAGCUGGCUGCACUCUUUAUCACUGUCUCACAGGACUGGUACGUUCCUCUCAAUUCAUCAGUGUUUGGAACAGAAAAUUUGCCCAACAUGGAGGACACCAGUGUGUUUGCCCUGUCUGGUUUCCAGUACAUCAUCAUGGCUGUGGUGGUCACAAAGGGAUAUCCUCACAAGAGGCCUCUCUACCACAAUGUGCUUUUCCUCUGCCUACUCUUUGUCCUCUUUGGCCUGAUGAUUUGGCUGGUCGUGUAUCCAGGGGCUUUAGUUUGUAAAACAUUUGAACUCUAUGACUUCACUGACAUGGAUUUUAAACUGCUGCUUGUGGCACUGGCUGCUCUCAACUUCCUCAUUUGUUUUGUUGCAGAGGUGCUGAUAGACCUCGGUUUACUGAACUGCCUUCGGUUGCUGCGUGGGAAGCGUCAGUCAAAGAAACAGUACAAACGCCUGACUACCCUCCUGGCUAAUUCACCAUCAUGGCCGCCUCUUAAUCAAGCCUUACCUUCCACAAACCACACAAUCAUCCACCUUAGCUAGCAUCUGCUCCCCCCUCUGUUGGACUCUAACAGUCAAAUGAGCAAAACAAAAUUGCGAAUGUUUGAUGAUGUCCUCAGCUCGACCAACGAUGCAAAUCAUGUUUACCUGUGUUAAUAAAACUAUUUUAUUUAUCUU